AUGCCUGGACCGGUAUCCAUGGGAACGGGCGGACCGAUGCCACCGACGGUCAUGCCGCCAGGCGCCUUGACUAUUCCGCCGCCACCAGUGCCACCGGCAGCUGGAGGACCCGGACCUAUCCCAGCUCUUCCUAUCGACUCGAUUCACAAAACCGCCAAUGAUGCUUGCAUCAAACGAUUGCGCCAGCUGAAUGUGAUUUUUCCAUACGGAUCAAUUCAUUAGUUUUUGAAUUAUUUUCAGAUCGAGCCAGAACAGAGAGUCUAUCCGAAACCAGGAGAUCCAAACCCUUUUGGAAUCCCGAUGGAAGUUCAAACAAACGUUUUUGGAUUGGAGAUUACAAAGAAGGUCAAGGUCUACCAGUAUAUUGUCCAUAUCAAGACCGACUUGACUCCGACAAAGGAAGCUGUUUUCACCAAGAAGAGCAGGAAUGAGUGAGUGAAAUGACGCUCGAUGCUGUGUUAUCGAAACUGUUGCAGCUUCAUUGUUCUUGAUCGACAUGAGAAAUGUUGUAACAUUUUCUUCGGUGCAGUGGACGCCUACUCUGAUUUCUUUAAAAUGGGCGAAGGAAACAGCCUGAUUUACGAUGGACAGAGUCUUCUGUUCACAACGAUCGACCUGUUCUCCGCGGUUGCUGAUGCAGAUAAGAAGGUUGUCAGAAUUUCCAAUUUAAAUUAGUUCAACCAAUUUCUUAGACACGUCUGAUGGAGGUGAAUGGCGCCAACGUUCAAAAUGACGAUCUCAAGACACUGUCAUGCAUUAAAGUGGAAGUUUAUGCCAGCAAAAACCCGCCACUUAUUCUCUCCGAAAAAGAGAUCUCUCUGAGAACUGCGGACUCGCAUAUUGCUGCCAACAACCGAGGAUACCAGCAACUGCUGGAGCUGACCAUGAAUCAGCAUUGCAUUCGGGACACGUAAAAAAGGAAUGUCCGCAUUUAUAAGGUAGCAAGAUUUCAGAACUCGAUUUGCAUGCUUUGAGAAAGGAAAGCUGUUCUUCAUGAACCCUGGGAUUGAUGGCUACGAAGAAGGAGACUGCGUUCUCGUUGGAGAUGGCAAAUACAUGCUUCCCGGUAUCCGCAAAUCCGUGCAAUACAUUGAAGGACCUUUUGGACGUGGACAGAACAACCCCUCCGUUGUCAUAGAUUGUCAGUUUCUACGCUUCUAUCCUAUAAAGAAAGAAGUUUUCAGCUAUCAAGGUGGCAUUCCACAGAGAGCAAUUCGUGUCGGAUAAGAUCAUGGAGAUUUUGUGCAAAGAGCAAAAAGAGCUUCUGAGAGACGGCGAUAAGGAUAGACUUGUUCCAAUCAUUAAAGGACUCGACUGUCACUCCACGUAUACGGGCAGAACCAGACACCUUCAAAUUGAUGGAAUUCAUAAGGGCAACGCCAAGAACUCUCAGUUCGAAUUGAAGUCGGGGCAAAGCAUAACCGUCCAAGAAUACAUGAAGGAGAAGUACAACAUCAACCUGGCAUAUCCAGAACUGAACUUGCUCAUUUGUAAAGAUCGUGGAAACCAGAAUUUUUACCCAAUGGAGCUGAUGAAGAUCACCAAGCACCAACGCGUCACAAUUCCUCAAACCACGGCCGUACAAAUGCAGAGGUCAAUCAAGGUAAGAAAGCGAUCUGUUCAUGUGAACUUAUGGCACACCGCUACUUUUCAGGAAAGCGCUGUUCUUCCGAACGUCCGCCAGAGACUGAUUAUGACAGGCAAAACUGCUGCGGUUAUUGAUUCCGCGAACCCGGUAUUCUCUGCUCUUGGAGUGACAGUGUGCCCGGAGCCUCUUCAAGUCAGUUUCUUUAAAAAUGGCAGUGAGCGCAGUUUAAAUUUACAGACACGUGCUCGUCAGUUAGAGUGCCCUGUUAUCGAAUUCUCUAGCAGAGCCGCCACUGUCGAAUCCGGAAAGUGGCGUGCGAGUAGCGCUCGGUACAUACGUCCCGCCAAUCCACCAAAAAUUUGGGCCAUCUACGCUGUUGGAACAACAAAGUCAAAGUUCUUAGCAGAAGAUAUGCGGUUUGUGUGUCAAUUCCUUUGCUGUUUUCAUUAACUGAGUUCAGAAAGUUCUCUCGGGAAUUUGUGAUUAUGUGCAACUCGAAGGGAAUCGAUAUUGGCGGUCCGAGCGAUUGCAGACUCGUCCCAAUUGAUGAUGUCGAGUAUCAGCUGGAUGCCGCCGCUAAAGCCAACUGCACCUUCGCGCUCAUGAUCACUGAUGACUCAAUUGUUCACGUCCAUCGUUGGUUUACGUCUUCGGAACUAUUGCCAAUUGAACGAUUUCAGAAAAAUACAAGGUCAUUGAACGAGACCGUCAAAUGAUCGUGCAGGACAUGCUCAUGAGCAAAGCGAGCUCUGUGCUCUAUCAGAACAAGAGGCUCACCUUGGAGAACGUCGUUAACAAAACGAACGUCAAGCUCGGAGGAAUCAAUUAUUUGGUGACUGAUCAAAAACGGUGAGAAGGUUUCUAGUUAAAUGCCGCAUCUUGAUUCAUCUUCAGACGAAUGGACGAUCUGCUAAUUAUCGGAAUUGGAAAUUCGAUCGUGUCGGCUGGUGGGAAAUUCGAGUUGGAAGGCAAAGGUUUCCUGCAUCCACAAGUCGUUGGAUUCUCUUGCAAUGCCAUCGCGAAUUGGGAGUACUCAGGAGAUUUUCUUCUCAGCGCGAUUGGUCAAGAUGUAUGUAUGAGUAUUUUUUUUUAUUAAUCACACAUUUUCAGACACUCGCUCCUGUCGAGGAUAUUGUGAAGCAAUGCCUGUACAUGUACAAAAAGCAAAGAGGAAAAUCUCCACGAAGGGUAGUUGUCUACCGCAGUGGCGCUGCACAAGGAGCUCACGGCUCCAUAAUCUCCUACGAAAUUCCACUUGCGCGUGCCGCAAUGAAAGAAGUUGAUCCGGCAAUGCAGCUCAUCUACAUUGUUGUGUCUAAGGAUCACACCUACAGAUUUUUCAAGGAGAAUCUCGUAUGUUUUCAAUCGUGUUUUCUAUGACGUUUCCAUUUUUCAGGACCAAAACUCCGGAAAGACCAAGGCGAGUGCUACUGCGAAAACAGCACAUCCUUCUGGAGUGAGGAUUGUUUUUGCAUCCUUUCAUUACAUUUAUCCUGAUUUAGGGAAUGGCCAGCGUGUUGAGAGCAUCUGAUCUGAACAUACCACCAGGAGUCAUGCUGGACUCGGUUAUCACCAACCCUGGCUGCAAACAGUUCUUCUUGAAUUCGCACACCACUCUGCAAGGAACUGCGAAGACGCCACUCUACACAGUUCUCGCAGACGACCUCAAUGCGCCGCUGUUCAUCUUGGAGGAUUUGACAUAUGCGUUGUGCCACAAUCAUCAAAUUGUGAACAUGACGACUAGUGUUCCAACGCCACUGUAUGUCGCUAAUGAAUACGCGAAGCGCGGUCGGAACCUCUGGAUUGAGAGAACGUGAGUUGACCACCAAAAACUGGGUAUAAAAACGUAUUUUUGUUUCAGAAGUGCCAAGGGACCGAUUGCACGUGGAACCGGAUCCGAGUGGGAACAACUGCAAGAAGCCACUGCCGAGAUCAGCUACAAAAACGCUGGGAGCCUGCUGGAGAGACGUGUCAACGCAUAG